CUUUCUGUGAUUAUUUUUAUUGUAUGUCAAAAUAUGUAGAGCCUCAAGGAAAAUGGUAUGUUCGUAGAAAUGAAAUGGGGAAAACAGUGUCACAUAAUUGGUUAUCUUGGGGUCUUUAUAUUCUUACCUCCUGCACCAUUUGAAGGGUUUAAAUUAUUUUAUUAUUGAAUACUUGUAGAGCCCCAAAAAAAUUCACUUAAGUUGCUUAUUAGGUCUCAAGCACUCAAGCCGCAGUUAAGGAGGAUUCACUAUUCUGGUGGCUGAUAUAAAUCAAUGUUGUUGCCUAUAAUAUUAUUAUAAACUUCUUUCGUCAAAUCCAUUAGGCAUUUUUUGGAUCAUGAUUUUUCAACAUUCAUUUUCUUUCUGGUAUAAGUACCCUUCUGUAUUUGAAUAUGAGGAUUAGAUUGGAAAUUCUUGUUUGCUAUUGAUGAUUGUCUGCAUCUUCCUUCAGUUUUUCAUGCUCGAGUAUUCUAGAUACAAUUGCAGGUGAUGUUGUUCAUUUGAAGUAUGAGUGGAUAAGAUGGCAGAUUGAUCAUUUUGGAUAAAGAUUUUUUUUAUUUAUUAUCUCUAUGCCAAAAAUGAUAGUAUGAUUUUGUGAUAGAACUAUUUUGUUAUCACCUAGAGAUUAUCAAUAACAACUUGACUAAUUCUUGUCAUUUAGUUUUGUGAAUAUGGAAUGUUACUAAUGUAGGCAUUACGUAAGAGCAUAAGGAUGGCAAUUCUUGUGCAUAAUAUGCAUGAAGGUAAUAAGAGUACCAUGGCAUACUAGUAAUUACGAGGAUUGGAAUGAAUACAGGGAUUGUUAAUUUCAAGUUUAAGGAUUUUGAUGCUGCUAUUGAAGACCUAUCCGCAUGUGUAAAGCUUGAUAAGGAUAACAAAUCAGCGUACACAUAUUUGGGUUUGGCAUUAUCUUCAAUUGGUGAAUACAGGAGGGCUGAGGAGGCACAUAUGAAAUCAAUUCAACUUGAUCCAAGUUUCCUUGAGGCAUGGGCUCAUUUAACACAGAUGACUUCGUUGCGUGGACUUGUAGAGAUAUUUUGGUGUAUGGAGAAGAAAUUGUACUUUUGUCGUCUCCAGCUUUUGUGCAGUUAACUAUUCCUGAUACAAAAAACUAUUGGCAGCAAACAAAUAAUUAUUGGCAUGGUAGAUAGAUCACUUUUUAACGCCGUCCACUAAAUUGAUUUUUUGUCGUGGUACAUAGAUGAAUUUUUGGUUUGGUACAUACAUCACAUUUUAUCGUGGUACAGAUUACGAUGGUAAUUUGUACUAUGUCAAAUUGUCAUUUCACAUGGUAUAGUAAAUGUAAUUUUUGUAUAUGGAGGGCUUUACUUUUUGUAUGAUUGAAUAUGUUGUAUGGAAUUAUUAUUUUAGUUUGGACAAUAGUUCGUUUGUAUGUACUUGGACAGUUAAAGUAAUUUAUUUUUUGUAUA